GCGUGCAUCUGUACGUACCUAGUAUCCAAGUAGUCUGUGAAUCUUUCGUCUGUGGAGAAGGAAGGCUAAGCUGUGUUCGAUAUAAUUGAAGGUGUUGUAAAUUGCAGUGAAUCUCUCUUUAUUGUAGAUUGUAACUAAACAUUAAAGUAUAAUGGUGUUAAUCAAUCGGUAGUUAAAGUGGAAAAGUUAGAAGUGUUGUAUUAAUGGAGUUAUGGCCAGUGAUUUAGAUGGAGUAAGGACUAAGUUAUGUUGAAUCUCUCCAAUCACCGGAUUGCACCUAUUUACCUGGCCCUUGAAGUGCGGGCCAGACGGCGUCGGUGAGAUGGCGUAGUGACGGUGCGAUGGCGGCCACUGCUCUGGCGGUGCUACUGCUAGCGGCGGGCGCGCACGCCCUAGACCUCUCGCAAUGCAUCGCGCCGCUCGGCAUGGAGAGCGGACAGAUACCAGACAAGGACCUGAGCGCCAGUUCCUCGUAUCAUGAUGGCAACGUUGGCCCGCAGAACGGAAGGCUGAACCAAGAGAUAAAAGGCGGCGCGUGGUGUCCGCGCUCGCAGAUCACCACGGAGUCCACGGAGUGGCUGGAGGUGGACCUGCGCAACGUGCACGUGGUGACGGCGGUCGGGACCCAGGGCCGGUUCGGCAACAGCGAAGGCCGCGAGUUCGCCGAGGCCUACGUGCUCGAGUACUGGCGGCCCAAGCUCGCCAAAUGGGUGCGUUACCGCACCGCUGAUGGACAGGAGAAUCUGUCGGGUAACACGAACACGUAUUUGGAGAAGAAGAACCACCUGGAGCCGCCUAUAUGGGCGUCACGCGUGCGCUUCAUCCCGUACAGCGCACAUCGGCGCACCGUGUGUAUGCGCGUCGAGGUGUACGGCUGCCCGUGGACUGAGGGCAUAGUAUCGUAUUCUAUGCCGCGCGGUCACAAGCGCAGCAACGGUGCGGAGCUGUCCGACGCUUGGUACGACGGGUCGUGGGGCGAAUGGUUGCGCGGCGGGCUCGGCCAGCUGGUGGAUGGCCGGUUCGGCGGCGACGACAUCCGCGAGGCGGCUCGCCAGCCCGCUUGGGUCGGCUGGCGGGCCGACUCGCCGUCUGAGCCCGAUUCGCCAGACUCUACCCAGCCGGAGAUCACCUUCGAGUUCGACAAAGUGCGCGAGUUCAGCGCCGUGCACAUACACUGCAAUAACCGCUUUAUGCGGGAUGUUCAGGUGUUCUCCGAGGCGAUAAUCUCGUUCUCAGUGGGGGGGCAGCACUACCAGGAGGACGCGAUCCACUACACGCCCGAGCCGGACCACAUCUUCGAGAGCAGCCGCAACGUGAGCAUCAAGCUGCACCACCGCAUCGGCCGCUGGGUGCGCAUACAGCUGCGGUUCGCCGCAAGGUGGAUACUCAUCAGCGAGGUCGUCUUUGAUAGCGACGUCGCCCAAGGAAACUACUCGGCAGAAAGCCUGAAACCUCUAGGCAAGGACAGGACGAAAGCACCAACCAGCAAAGAGGCGCCAGUCUCCACAGCUCGCCAAGAAGAUCCGCUAUACUUGGCCAUAGUGGUCGGCGUACUGACAGCGCUAGUGAUAUUAUUACUGGUUGCCGUAUCAUUGGCAGUUCACCGGCACAGGCAUCGGAAAUGCUUCGCGUCGCCCUUGGCCCGGCAUGAGCCGCGACCGGCGCCGGAUAAACCGGAAGUGAAAUGCGACGAUUACCAGGAACCGUAUCAGCCCCUCAAGUGUGCGCCGUACUUCGGAUACAGCACGGUCUUGCUUGAAAUGAAAGACUUUGUGAAGGAUUCCAAUACUGCGCUAUCGGACAGCAGUAACUACGAGUACGCGGUGCCGGAGGUGAGCUCUGAGCCGCUGUUGUCUCGUCGCGCGGGCAGCGAGCCCCCGCCCCCGCCGCCCGCCGACUCGCUGGGCCGCUGCUCCGCGCCCGGGGCUGUGCGCGCCGCGCCGCCGCCACCGCCGCCCCCGCCCCGGUCGGCGAGUCAGCAGGAGGCCGUAUCAGAGCUGCAGCGGCGGUUACAAACCGCCAGCGUGGCAGAGUUCCCGCGUCAUCGCCUGCGCAUGAUAUCGAAACUGGCAGAGGGCGCUUUUGGCACGGUAUACGUCGCAGAAGCGGAUGGGGUGCCAGAGUACGAUGGCACUGUGACGGCAGAAAAGCGCCUCGUGGCAGUCAAGUUUCUCUGCCAUGAUGCCACCGCUAAGGAGAGGGAGGAUUUCGAGCGCGACGUUUGCGUGCUAGCCGCGUUGUCGUGCCCGCAAUUGGCCCGUGUGGUGGGCGCGUGCAGAUCGCCCCCUCUGGCCGUAGUGCUGGAGUACUUGGAGGGUGACCUGUGCGCGUUCCUGCGGGCCGCGUCGCCGCCGCCGCCGCCGAGGACGCUGGCGCGACUGGCGACGCAGAUUGCCGCCGGCAUGAAGUAUCUGGAGUCGCUCAACUUCGUGCACAGAGACUUGGCUGCCAGGAACAUCCUGAUAGGCAAAGGCUACCAGAUUAAGAUCAGCGAUUUCGGCACGGACAACGAAGCUUACGCGGGUGACUACUACCGCGCUGGCGGCGAGACGUUGCCGCUGCGGUGGGCCGCGUGGGAGAGCGUUUUGCGCGCGCGUUACUCCACCCGCAGCGAUGUGUGGGCGUUUGCGGUCACACUGCACGAGAUAUAUACGUACUGCAGGCGCAGGCCGUACGAGCCGAUGACUCAUGCAGAGGUGUUAGAGAACCUAUCGCACCUGGAGGCGGAGGACGGCGAGUUCCGGCCGCUGGAACGUGCCGCGACUUGCCCCCGCGACGUUUACGACGCGAUGGCAGCGUGCUGGCAACGUAGCGAGAGAGAUCGCCCGCGGUUCGUUGACCUCCACACCUUCCUGAUGCGCCGCGAGUGCCGGCUCGACCUAGACCACGAUCCACGCUGACGAACACAAAGUAAACCAACAAACAAUACGAACAAAGAACCGACGCACAGCCUGACCCUUCGAAAAGAGGUCUCGUUUCACGUGAGUUUUUUUUGAGCUUUCCAGCGUCUAGAGAAUAAAGAGACCACUCCUCUCGGCGCUGCGAACGUGUGUUCCGAUAACUUUCAUAGUAUUUUUAAUAUUAUGUUAUUAUAAAAAUCUUUCGUUCUUAUGACAGCAAAUAACACGUGUUUUUUAAAUACAAAAUAUGCAAUAUACUAUGUAAUAGGCAAUCUUUAUUCGUUCAAAAUAUAUGUUCUAAACUUAUAGACCAAAAAAAUAUGUAAAGGUCCUUAUAGCCACACAAAUGUUAUGAAGAAUUUUUAAUUGGAAUAUAAAACGCUUGUAUUUUAUUUUAUGCUAUUUUCACAUUCUAGAACUAUUUGAUCAUAGAACCUCAAUAAGGGUUGACAAACGAUUGUCGGAAAACAGUCAACUAUAAUUUCAUUAAGAUUUUUGAAAAUAUUCACGCUUUAAACCUUUGAAAGUGUUCAAUGUAAUUUAAUGCCGCCUUCUAAUGGCACUCGUACUAUUCACUAUGGAUAAUGUAAAAAAUGAGCAAAAAUUCUAUUGUGACUUUAAAACCUUUAGCUCUGAUAAUGGGUGACUGAAAAUCACAGAAUAUCGUAAUUCUGUUGUAUAAAUUAAGAAAUUCACCUAUCAAUAAAGCUAACUUCUGACAUGUGCUAAAAUAUUAUUAACUAUAUUUACUUUAAUUAAAUAAUUUAUUUUUCUAAGAACGAGCUUAUGUUAUUAGUAUAGUUUAUUUUCAGAAUUGAAUUACAAUACCGUAUUUAUUUGAUUUUUAAGGAUAUAACUAUAAAAUUAUGUUUUUAUUUCUAUAAAAAAGUUGGAAAUGGUUCUUUAACUAUAAAUUAUUUAUAAUUUGUUCCUAGCAUUGUAAUAAAAUUCGAAUAUUAAUUAUAAAUGUAAAAAGUUUGUGUCGAAAGGUAUCCAUUUUCUUAUUACAUUAAUAGGUAAAGCAGUUAUUGAUUACUAUCUGCAACAAACAAUACAAUAAAAUCAUUGAAUUCAAAAAAGUUUAAAAUAUGGUUUUUAUAUAAACCAUUGAGAUGAGUUCUAGAAUUUUGUACUCAAGAUGAUUGUACAAUACAACAUAAUUACAUAAUUCAGUAACAAAAACCACUUACUUUAUGACACUCGUAUCACAAUUGCAAUUGGUAAACACUUAUUAUUACACUUAUAAUAUCGUCUAUCACUUUGGUCGCUAAACUCUGUAAUGCGUGGUUGGUAUAUAUAAAAUUUAUAUAACGUAAAAUUGUUGUAUUUUCAUACGACGUUGAUGAUAUUUCUAUUGUAAGACUUUUAGUCGUACUUUUAGGUCGAAACGUUAUGACAAUAUUACAGAAAAAUCAUAAAUACUGGCUUGGAAGGCCCUUCAAAUGUAUAAGGGGCAAAUCCCACGGUGUCUUGCAUUUGCAUUACUGCGUUGAUUUCAUUGUAGACUCUGAGUGGCGUGUUCGUAAAACAGUUAUCGUUAUAACAGACGCCGUUGCUCAAAUGUAAUUUAUGAAUAGUCUAAUAUUUAACGUGCGUUCAUCAAUCAACACAAGAGAUCAUUAUUAUGUGUAUUAUUCGCUUCAAAGAAAUAUCUAUUCUUUUACACUUAUCUAUAUAGUAUAAAUAUCAAACUGUCUGGUGUUGUCGCACCUCUUUUGCUCUAUCAUCUGUCGAUGCAUAAAGUGUAGAGCUAUCUGUAUCUGUUUAUGAAUUAUAGUUAAAUAUUUAUUAUUAAUACUUAAGAUACGCUUGUGGUAUAGUUUUUGUACUUAUGUUGUUACCGGUACUGUCGAGUACGUCACCAUAAUGAGCAAUCUCGCGUUUCAAAUUUGUUCGUAUAAUAGUGCAAGUUAUUUGCCCCGAUCAAAAGCAAUGGGAAGAACCAUAAAUAAAAUUAUUAACCAGGAAUUGUAAUUAGUUAAAAAAAAUUUGGGCGUCAUUAAAUAUUAUUAUUUUGUAUAUAGAGUUUACAAUAAGGCUAUUUAUAUGGCGUGGAGUAAGUUGCUGUAACUUUAUUUAAAUGAUCGCAACAUUCACUUUAAUCAUUCAAGUGAUUAAACAGAUGAUAAAACAGUAUUUUACAUUGUAAUUUAUUUUUAAUUUUCUUUUAAUAACCAUGGUCUUCUUAUUAAUAGGGGCCAUACAUAUAAAGAGCUACAAUUGAUUUUCUUAAAAUGCUGUUGCAUUUUUGAUGAAUACUAAAUUGUCCACAAUAUAUAUUCGAAUAUGCAACAAAGAAUACUUUCAAACAUUUAUAUGAAAGAUUAAAAACAUUUCAGAAUGUAUAUUGAUUGAUAUAGUUUGAUGUACUCGACUGUACCUUCAAAACGUAUUUAUAUAAUUUGAAAAUUGUUAAAAUAUUUGACGGUAGUAUAAGUUUGUCUUCCGUCAUCGCCAUGCAUAUUGAAUAACUCCGAAAUGGAAUGAAAUUUAUUGAAUAUGCAUGUUUAUUAUUUAAUCACUGUAUGUAUCAUAAUAUUUCUAUUUUAAUGAAUAUUAUUUUGUGGCGCGUCAUACCAAAAGACUUCAGGGCAACCUGUACUUAAGCAUACUCGCGUCGCUAUAUCAUACCUUCUCGCUUUUAUAACAAAGUUCAAUUUCCCAUAUUUCAUUUCAUUGACGUUCAGUUUGUCACACCAUUUCAUUUCACACCGAAUCCGUAAGAGACUAAGUUCUGUGAUAUUAUUUUCAUUCUUCUUUUUAUAGUUAUUUUUUUGUAAAAGCAUUUUCUUAAAAGACUGAAAUAUCAUACGCGAAUGCGUAGUGAUGAUAUGUCACAUAACUAUCAUAUAAUUAUAAUUCGCUGUAUUGUGUGUUGUCGUGAUGUGUCUCUAAUGACUGACACUCACAACGCAGUCAUUCUAAAUAUUCAUAAACAACAUUUCAUGUGUUCAUUUCUUUGGACAUUGCGAUACACAUGUUUUAAUAUUUAAGGGAACAUAAAUUAUUUGCACUAUGUCUCUUUCUUUGGCAUAUACAGACGUCGCUAGAGCGAGAUGAAUCAGCUUACACUUCGUUGUUUGCUACAGUUCGUUUUUACUUUUAUUUUGAGCGGAUUCUAUGCGGUAGGAAAGGAUGCAUCUAUUGUUGUAUAGAUUCGAGGUUUCAAGCAUUCGCUUAGUGUCGCGUCGCGCCCGCUGCGCUUUGCACUGUGACCGUUGCCUUAGGGACCCUCGACCAUUGUAGUUCAUGUAAGAGGCGCAAAUAUUGGUACAAUAAUCAGAUUUAGUGACAAUUAUAAUCCGUUAGAUAGUUAAUCCAAAUGAAUUUUAUCUAUUGUAGCGUUACUAUUAGCGGUAUAGGUUUACUGUGCCCCGUCCCGUUUCUAACGAUUUUUGAUAGCUCAAACUGACUUUAAAAAAAUAUUCUCGUCUAUUUUUAUGUUGUUUGUACAAUGUUCUGAUAUUUUUCUACUGUUUUUACUAAGAUUUAAUUAUCUAUUUCCAACACUUGAUUUUUAUUGAUUUUUUAAUAAAUUAGAGAAGUACAUAGCUAUUAAAAGGGUGUUUAUGACCGGGAUUGGGCACGUGCAGUGCGUCACAGGUCGGCGCGGGUGCAGCGCGGGUACAACUCUCACAACUUAUAUUUUUCUUAAUAAAACGUAUGUUGAGGCGGUAAUUUAGUCAUACAUAAUAGUAAGUACGUUAGUUAUAGUGCGUCUGAAUCGAAUAAAUAAUUCUAUUAGAGGUGUAACUUUAUAGUUGUGAAGUUAAGUAUUUUUCCGCCGGGUGCGGUCACGUGCUAGCCCCUUACUGUUGUAUAGAAAUCACGAUUAUAUCACUAAAAGGAGAGCUCUAUUUUUGAUUUUUUUAAUGUUAGCCACGAUACUUAUUCUACCUCGACAUAAUAAUGUGGAAUGAUCGAGUUGUAUUUAUUGUAAUUUGUUUGUAUGGACGCAGAAUUGGAGGCUGCAUCACCGUCCUCAUCUUAAAAACUUUGCUAAAACAAUAUUUGAUGUCAAUUCUCAUGCACAACUGCUGAACUAAACACUUUCCUGGCAAAUCUAGAGUGUUUUAUAAUUAAAAUAAAAAAUAAAGAAAAAACAAGUUACAGCUGUAUAGAUGCACUGAUUUUUUUAUUUAUUGACGUGUCAUCUGAAUUAUGAUUUUAUUUACUUUUAUAGAUGCACUGAUUUAUGAUAAAUAAUAAUUUACAUUUUGCAUCCUGAAAUGGACGCGGAAUGUGGCAAAUAAUAAACCGGGAAUUCUACUCCGCUAGCAUGAGCACCGCGAUUUGAUAUAAAGCGCGGUUUUAUCACGCUCAAUUACUAAUUUAAAAUUACUAUGGAGUUUGACAGUUAGACGCGCUAAAUAUAUAAAUAAUGUGAAUUGCGGGCCUCAUACUACGGGGAAAUGUUGAGAUCCGACGGCGGUGCAGCCCUCUUUUUAUCUGGGAAACCUGUCGACAAUAUCGGUCUAAUUUCCAACGAAUUAGUUUUAAUAGAUAUAUCUUAGUGAGACGGGGGGCGGGUCGCAGUGUGUGACAGUAUGACGAUGACGCGGCGAUGCCCAAAUUGUUCAAUUAAUGAUUCUAUCUUAUUCGUAACAAGCUUGACUCUAAGGUUAAUGCUCUAUUAAUUCCUGUUUUGAUAUAUCUUUUCCGUUGUUAGGAUAUUUAUUUCCGGUAAUAACAAUUUAUGGAAUACUAAAUUUGGAAAAGUACGCAAUUGAAUAGAAUAAGGGAUAUUUCAUUUAUAUCUGAAUUUGUAAUGGCAUAAAACCCAACUUUUGUACAAUACUCGCCCCCAGCCCACCCUGCUUCUGUUGUGUUGGUCAAUAUAUCAAUUAUCACUAGCUUACUCACCGGAAAUAGAAUUAACAGUACAUUUGGCCUUGUGAAACAAAAUGGUGUUUAUGUAUUCUCAGUAAGAGGUUAUUUCCAUCUCAAAGGAUCAGAGUUGCCUGGAUAUCUUUGAUUGGGAAAUCUGGUCUUAUAUUAGAGAUGACAUAGUUAACUAUGUCAUAGUAAGUAAACUAUGUCAUAUCUAAUAACAUUCUUUCUAAUUAAGAUGCAGGGCACAAUAAUAAUGCAGGAGUCGAGCAAAAUCGCAAUCUGUUACCCUCUUGGAAAGUGAGAAACCACCAACUAUUCUGACUUUAUGUAGUUUUGGCGACUGUUAAAAUUUUUCUUAUUAUUGCAGUUAUAUUCAGACAGAUCAAUUAACAAGCAUCGGAGACUUAAAUUGGAUAAAGUAAUUGUCAGAUUCUAUUUUUUAUCUCCUACUGGCAAGUAUGUCCAGAAUCUACGUGACAAACGUUGGCCGUAACCGCAGUUAUCACAGUUCUUGACACUUUAAACAUUUCGAGUAUUCAACAUGAGUUGAAUUCUUUCGCUUCUUGGCGACCUUUAGUGCCAUAAGUCUGAAGACUGCCGCGAUCUGUUCCGCACCCGCCUACUGUUAAUUCUAUUUAUCGACUAUUGGAGAGUACUCUUAGAUUGGUACGUAAUUGAUUGUAAGCUUUUAGGGAUAGCUGUUACACUGUCGUGGAGCCGGCUCCGAGGUCGGCUCUGCCCCAGAGCCUAAUAUAAGCACACGUUAGUUUUAAGCGACCAUUAGUUUGCAUCGUAGGAGGUUUAAUUAUAGGUCGCGGGGUAGGGCGCGCCCAUCGCCGCUACUUAAACAUAUCUGAGCACGUUUAUCGAUGGACGUUCUGGCAUCUUGUAAAUAAUAUCGAGGCAUCGCAGCGAGCCAGGGCGCGCGCCAUCCCGCGGCGCGCACGACGGAACCAAUGUUUACUAGGUUUUAAUCGAUUAUAAAGAGGUCUAAUUAUACUGUAAGUGUCGCGCGUUAGUGAUAAUGUUAGCACUAAUAAUGAUGUACAAUAAAACACCCUCUCUGCCUUAGUGAUGCUAUUCUUACCCCUAAUGCUACGAGAUAUCACCCUAGAACGAAAUUUAUGAUAUGAUACUUGUAAAUACGAAUUCUUAUGGCUGAUUGUAUCAUACGAACGAGCACUAUGGAAAACUUUAAUUCCUAACAAUGGUCCAAACUUCACUCGCUUUUUUAUUUGUACUAUACGAUUAUACAUUUUCUAUAUAGAUAAAGAAUAAUAAUUAGUCUAGAAAUUAAAAUUAUGCUUUAAAUUUUAUAAUUUUUAAUAGAUGUAAUACCAUGUAUUUGUCGGAAAUGCUUAAUUUUCAUAAUCAAAGUUUUAUGGAAAAGGUUGAUACCAAAUGCAGUAUUUUUAUUUUGUACUCUACAUCUUUGUACCCGAAUAAAAGCAA